GGGCGAGGGAGGAGGAGUUUUGCCGGGGCGAGGCGAGGGGAAGGAUUUUGCGUGGCUCGCUCGCAGUGGCAGAGCGAGAGAGAGCGAGCGAGAGCGAGAGUGCCUCGGCGUUCAUCCUCCUCGGGCUUCUCCACCUCCUCCUCCGCCUCUCCCUUCCUCCUUCCCUCUUGCUCUUUAUGCUGGCCCUGGUGAGCAAAGGCGAUUGUACCCGAGCCCCCGUCGUCGCCCUCCCUCCCCUCGCUCGUUUGCCUUUGCAUAGUUGUGCUGCUGCUGCUCGUCUUUUUUCCCGACCUGUGAAGAAGAUCGAGGCGGGCAAAUUGAACGAAGCGAUCGAUCGAUUGAUUGCGAGAGAGAGAGAGAGAGAGAGAAAGUGAGAGAGCGCGAGGGAGAAAAAGAGAGAGACCGCGAGCGAGAGAGUGAGAGUCAGAGAGAGUUAGAGAGUCGAGAGAGAUUUAUUGUUCUGGUUGCUUUUCUUUUUUGGGCCUGUUGACGAUUUCGACUCGAGAGGAGAACCGUGAGACGGCCAAGGCAAGGCGAGGCCAGGCCGGGCAAGGGAAGCGAAGCGAAGUGAAGUGAAGUGAAGGAAGCGUCGGUCGGGUAGAAUUGGAAGCGAGGAGGACGCGAGGCAGGAGGGCGGAACAGGAAUAAUUGAGGAUUAGAGAGGACGGCAAGUUGCUCGCUCCGAUCGGAUAGCAGAGCGGCUUGGCGGUGAGCAGAAAUCGACGAGGGAGCCGAUACGAAGGCGGUGUACGACUACAGGUGUUUCGGUCUUGCCGGAGUGUCGAUGCAUGUAGGCUGGAGGGAUGCAGAACGACAAGCUUGUUGUCAUUUGAGGACGGUCCUGUGGAUCUGAAAGGAAACUGAGCUGUGAUACGGACUCGGAGAGCUACUGUGAACGGCAAGCCUGCAUUGAGGACCAGACAUGUUGAUUAGAUAUAUGGAUCACAGUCGUAGGGAGCCCACAGUUGGAUGUAGCUGAUAGAGGCAAGAGAUUGAUCUGCCCAAAAGUCUGCCAUUUUCUCUGCUGUGCAUGGGAGUAUGUCGCUCUUUCGGAGGUUCUUCUACAGGAGGCCACCUGAUGGCCUCCUGGAAAUCACAGAGCGUGUUUACGUGUUCGAUUCCUGCUUCUCCACCGAUGUCUUCGAGGAUGAGACGUACAAAAUAUACAUGCGUCAAAUCGCCACACAACUUCACGAGCAGUUCCCCGAAUCUUCGUUUCUUGUAUUUAACUUCCGGGAGGGCGAGAAGAAAAGCCAACUGACAGAAAUACUCUCUCAGUAUGACAUGACUGUCAUGGAUUACCCAAGGCAGUACGAGGGAUGCCCAAUCCUCUCAAUGGAAAUGAUCCACCACUUUCUCCGAUCCAGUGACAGUUGGCUAUCUUUGGAGGGCCAUCAGAACAUCGUGUUAAUGCACUGUGAACGGGGAGGUUGGCCUCUCCUAGCUUUCAUCCUUUCAUGUUUCCUUAUCUAUAGAAAGCUUCACACCGGGGAGGGGAGAACUCUGGACAUGCUGCACAGGGAGGCCCCCAAAGGUUUGCUUCAGCUCUUGUCUCCACUUAAUCCCAUACCUUCUCAACUUCGAUAUCUGCAGUACGUGGCAAGGAGAAACAAUUCGCCAGAGUGGCCUCCACCUGACCGUGCCCUUACUUUAGACUGUCUCAUGCUCCGGGUUGUCCCCAGUUUCGAUUCUGAAGGAGGAUGCCGCCCUUUGGUACGUCUUUAUGGAAGGGACCCACAUCACAGGGCCACACGCACUACACAAAUGUUGUUCUCCCUUUCAAAGAAGAAUAAGGCUGUGAGGCACUACCGACAGGUGGACUGCGAUGUGGUGAAGAUAGAUGUAACAUGCCCAGUCCAAGGUGAUGUUGUAUUGGAGUGCAUUCAUCUGGACAAUGAGACUGAUAGGGAGGAAAUGAUGUUUCGCGUAAUGUUCAAUACCGCCUUCAUCCGGUCUAAUAUUCUGAUAUUGACCCGCGACGAUAUUGACAUACUAUGGAAUGCCAAGGAGCGCUUCACCAGAGAGUUUCGAGCCGAGGUGCUUUUCGGAGAUGUGGAUACUUUUCCCCCUCCAGUGGUGCCAGUGGUACCCCUGGGUGGUGAAGAGAAAGGAGGGUUGCCUAUGGAAGCUUUUGCGAGGGUUCAGGAGCUAUUCAACAGCGGGACAUGGGACGAUGGCCAUGGAGACGCAGCUCUUCGGUUUUUGCAGCAACAAUUUGCAAAUGGGUUUCAAGAAAAGUUGGGUCAGCUAGCAAAGGAAAUGAAUGGUCGAACACCAAGCAAGGUGGUGAUACAGCCGGUCGAUGACGAUUCAGGAUCCGAGUCCCCGCCUCGUGCAGCUAAGAAACCAACAAUUCCUCAAACGCUGCCUUCACGUCCAGGUACUGGCGUUGGAGCUCCACCCCCGCCGCCUCCACCACCACCACCUCCUCCACCUCCACCUCCACCUCCUUUCGCGAGGCUUGGAGCUGCUGCACCUCCACCACCACCACCACCACCACCACCACCUCCCCCACCUCCUUUCGCGAGAUCUGGCGGCGCUCCUCCACCUCCUCCUCCACCACCCCCACCUUUGAGACCAGGCAUGGCGCCUCCUCCUCCACCUCCUCCCCCGCCUCCAAGGCCUGGUGCCCCACCUCCACCACCUCCUCCACCUCCACCGUUGAGACCAGGCAUGGCGCCUCCACCCCCACCGCCACCCCCACCUCCAAGACCCGGCGGUGCCCCUCCUCCCCCUCCUCCCCCUCCACCUCCCCGUGUCGGAGCUCCACCUCCACCCCCACCACCACCCCCUCCACCCCCAGGCGGAAGGGCACCACCUCCUCCCCCUCCACCACCACCUGGUGGAAGAGCACCCCCACCCCCACCUCCUCCUCCACCGGGAGGACGAGGUGCUCCUCCUCCUCCUCCACCACCUCCAAAAGGACGAGGUGGACCACCUCCACCUCCUCCUCCACCAGGAGGCAAACUUGGAGGACCUCCACCCCCUCCACCUCCACCUGGUGGACGAGGUAGAGGAGUCCCAGGACCUCCCCCUCCACCUGGUGCUGGUCGGGGUCGUGGUGCUACCUUAGCUCAAGCAGCAUCACAGGUGGCUGCCGCACCUCCUCCAGUUGUGAAGAAAGCCACUUUGAAGCCUCUCCAUUGGGUGAAAGUAACUCGAGCAGUACAAGGCAGUCUGUGGGCAGAAAAUCAAAAGCAAGAUGAUCAACAAAAGGCACCUGAAAUUGAUAUGAGUGAGUUGGAAAGCCUGUUUUCCAAUGCUGUAGCACCUUCGGCGGGAGGUGAUAAGCCUGCGAGAUCCCGUGCGAAUGCCGCACCGAAGCAAGAGAAAGUUUGCCUGGUCGAUCAUCGGAGAGCCAACAACUGCGAAAUUAUGUUGACGAAGAUAAAGAUGCCAAUGUCGGAUGUGCUUAAUGCAAUUUUGAACCUGGACGACACGGUCCUGGACAUGGACCAGGUGGAAAAUCUUAUCAAGUUUUGUCCGACAAAGGAAGAAAUGGACUUGUUGAAGAGUUACCCUGGUGAGAAAGAAAACCUAGGAAAGGCUGAUCAGUUUUUCCUUGAGAUGAUGCGAUUACCAAGGAUGGAGGCCAAGUUAAGCGUUUUUGCAUUCAAAAUUCAAUUCCAAAUUCUGGUAGCCGAAUUGCGGCAACAUUUGGAAACUGUAAAUGCGGCGUCUCGAGAGGUGAGGGAGUCUGUCAAGCUGCGGCGGGUCAUGCAAACCAUUCUCUCUCUAGGAAAUGCUCUGAAUCAAGGCACUGCUCGUGGUUCUGCCAUUGGCUUCAAGCUGGACAGUCUGUUGAAGCUCACAGAUACCCGUGCCCGCAACACUAAAAUGACCUUGAUGCACUAUCUUUGCAAGGUGCUUUCGGAGAAGUUGGCGGAGCUGUUGGACUUUCACAAAGAUCUUGUCCACUUGGAGGGUGCUUCCAAGGUCCAACUAAAGCAAAUGGCUGAAGAUAUGUCACAAGUGAGCAAAGGUCUAGAAAGAGUGGAGCAGGAACUGGCGUCUUCAGAAAACGAUGGUCCAAUAUCGGACUGUUUCCGAGCGGUUUCGAAGAAAUUUCUGUCAGGUGCCGAAGCGGAAGGAAGGUCAUUGACCUCCCUCUAUGCGGAAGUGGGGAGAAAUGCUGAUUCGCUGGCGCAGUAUUUUGGUGAAGAUCCUGCGCGCUGUCCAUUUGAACAAGUUAUUUCUAUCCUCUUGAACUUCGUAACUAUGUUCAAGCGGGCUCUCGAUGACAACAUUAAAGCAGCUGAAAUGGAAAAGAAGAGGGCCGAGAAAGAAGCUGAGAAAGAGAAGAUGAAAAACUCGCCAGGCAGCGCCAAAAAAGCUGAUAAUGAUUCUUUGAUUGCCAAGCUGACAAGCAGAAGCAUGGGAGCAAACCAGGAUACUUGAGGGAGGCGUUCUAACAGAGAUAGACCAGAGAGGAGAGGAAAGGAGAGACCUAGGAGAGAGAUCCUUUUACCACUAGCCUGUAAAUUUUGAAACUACAGUGACGGUGCCGUCGUUUUUACCAGUAGUGAAGUCCCAACCACUUAUGACUCUGAAAGACCAACUUUCGUCAGAUGAAGAUCUGUUGGCCUCAAAGCAAGCAGUUCCGGGUGUCUUCCUUCACAUUUAUGUUGUAAACACCCGGUAAAGUGUUCUACAAUACUACCAAGGCAGCAGACUAAUAUCUGUUACACGUCACCCGAUACACUUCAUCUGUACCCUACCCUACCCUACCCAGAUUGCUAUUUGACUUUUUCACCAGACUAAGAUUUUGAGCUUGACCGAGUGUCAUGUACAAAUACAAUAGACACACAAGCUAGGUACUCCCACUGAAAGUUCCGCUUCAACCAAGAGGUUCCUUCGGUGAGGUCUCUUGUAGCAGCUGAUACACCAUUAGAUGGACACAGGUGUCCUGGACACCGAGGAUUUCAUACUUAUUCAAAGGCAACCAUAUUUUUUUUCAGGCUUGCUUCUGAAUGGUAUCAACGUGUUUGGAUAUGGAGAAGUGGCCUCUGGAAGUAUGACAACAAACUCACAGAGUUGCUACCACAAGUCAAGCGACAGGCAUGAUUUCUCUAUUGUUGACUCAAGCACGGUUGACAGGCGCAUACCUAUUUACAAUUGAUAUCUUGCUCUCCUAUAAUCUGGGAAUAGCGAAGUGAAGGUGCCACGUCUGCUCUCCAGUUAGAAACUUCUGAGUGAAUGAGAUGGAGAAGCCUACUUAGUGCUCUGAAGCGUAUCUUGAGACAAUUGUUUGUAAGAAUUAGCCAUCUCAUACUGUUUCAAAUAAAGUCAAUGGAUACAUCAAUUAUCUUAUGAGAGAAGAGCAUGGAAAGGCUCAGACUGAGGACUGCAGUGGUGAAUAGUCAAGACAUGCGGUUCUUAUGCGGUAGAUGUCUACACUGUCAAGCUUGGCGUCACACCUUUGUGUACAUUUUUACUCGUUGGCUGGGUUGUAUGUAUCAGUUUAUUGGAUUAAUUAAACUGCUGAUUAGCAGUAGGGCAAUGAGUCCCCGUGUUUUACUGUUCC